CGCUUCCGAGCCCACACGGGGAAAUUAUUUCUAUUUCAUCCUUCCCUGUACUUUCCUUGUUCCUGCACUCUGCUGGGUAUAUAAGAGCUGCUCCCUAUCAGCAGCAGAUAAGAGUCUGUAGGCAGCUGCACAGCAACUUCAAAGGGCUCCAGGUGCUGGGACGGAGAUGCUGCCCCUCUGGUGUCUCACCAUUCUCGGGAGCCUCCUGCCCCCCUCCCAGGGCCUCCUCAACCUGGGGGGCAUCUUGGGGUCUGGCCCUGCACAGCCCACGGACGGAGGUCUGCUCGGUACCAAUAUUCUCGGCGGUGAAGGUCUGAUCAGCAAGAAAGGUGGGCUUCUUGGCACUGGCCUUCUCGGUGAAGGUGGGCUGCUUGGUACGGGCCUUCUUGGCAGGAAAAGUCCAAGUACUGAAGGAAGUCAAGGUCUGCUUGGCACUGAAAAUGAAUCCAAGAACACUGGUGUCCUUGGCACAGGCCUCCUCGGUGGGGAAGGGCUCCUCGGCACCGGCCUCCUCAGCAAUAAAAGCCUUCUUGGAGAAAAAGGUCUGCUUGGCACGGGGCUGCUUGGAAAAGACGGCCUUGUAGGCAAUGGAAAUCUCCUUGGUCUCGGUGGUCUUUUGGGUGAAGGAGGACUGCUGGGCCAAGGAGAAGGAGGACUGCUGGGCCAGGGAGGACUUGGAGGACUGCUGGGUGAAGGAGGAGUUGGAGGGCUGCUGGGUGAAGGAGGACCGCUGGGUGCUGUAGUCCCUGACAAGUCACCACAACACUUUUCCUGGAUGAAGAUGCUGAGCCUGGACAAAGCCCGAGCAUCAUGGAAAGUCCUUCCUGGGGGUGAGCUGGUGCUGAACCUGUACUCGAAGCUGACGUUCAACUUGCCAGGAAUAUUUCUCUUCCUGAGCGGAUCUUCGGUGGAAACGAACAUCACGUCCCACAUUGCGUUGACACAAGACACCCCUGGUGACCUCAAGUUAGUUAUUAAGGACUGCAGCAACCUGUACGGUGGCAUUAAAGUCAACCUGCGAAAGGGCCUCUUCACCAAUGUGGUGAGCGGUUUGGUGAACUCUUCUCUUCGGUCUCUCCUACCUGCGCUGUUUUGCCCAUUAGUGAAUACUUGGUUCAGCAUCAUCAAUAUCAAACUACAGUUUCUCAACCGCAUCGUCUUUUUUGGACUCCUUGGGAAAAUCCAGUCUGCCCUCUCCAGUUUCCCGGUGACCUUGGAGCAGUCUGCAGAGCUGGACUUGCAGAAUUACCCCUUUCCAGCUGUCUUCAUCGACUGGCUCCUGCAGAUUGCAGGCAUCAAAGCCAGGAGCACGCAGUAGGCACAGGGCCAGCAGUGCCUCAGGUGCCCCCCCGGACCAUUUCCACCACUGCACCAAGAGGAGGAGGAGCAAAGAGAGGAGGAUGCACAGAGAACACGAAAGCGGGAGCAAUACAACCAAGAAAAUACGCUAUUUCUUC